CUGUAAAUGAUUGCUGGUAAUCUGUCACGUGCAACAAUGCAUUCAGAAAGUAUACCACAAACAUUGCUUACUCUCACUGUUUAUCUGUCACGGUUGCCAAGUUAGUUCCAAGUCUCAGAGAUCACCGAAGCAGCUGAUUUAACUAACUGCCCAGCAUGGAAAAUGUGGGAAACACAGAGAAUGCUAGGCUGUGUGGAAUUCCAAAUUCAGAGGAAGUGGAACAAGUUUAUGAUCAAAUCAGUGAAGACCUAGCAUGCCUUUCUUUUAAGGCUGUGGCAGACUGCAUGGACAUGAGAAGUGGAGAGAGCCUGGAAAAUAGCUUGUCAUCUCAGUAUAGCUGCAAUGGGAAAGAAGAACGAAAUUCCUUUCAGAAAGAGAUUUUUGCUCUGGAAGGUCAGCAACAUCAGGAGGAGAUGCAGCUGCUUAGCCCAACACAAAGUGACAAAGGGAGCUCCUCUGCAAAUAAAGCGUCUUCAACCGAUCACAUUCUAAAGAAGAUCCACAGCAUGGCCAGAAAUGCUCAAAAUACCAUCAGAUUGCCCGGCAAUAAUAAUUCAGAAGAAAACAACUUUCAGAAAGAGGACCUUCAGCUUUCCCUCAUCAUUAAGGCUGGUGUAGAUGGUGAAAGCAUUGGGAACUGUCCUUUUUCACAGCGUCUCUUCAUGAUACUUUGGCUCAAAGGGGUUGUGUUCAAUGUCACCACAGUUGACCUGAAGAGAAAGCCAGCUGAUUUACAUAAUUUAGCUCCUGGGAGCCACCCACCAUUCCUGACGUUCAAUGGGGAAGUCAAGACAGAUAUCAACAAAAUUGAAGAAUUUUUGGAGGAAACGCUUUCACCUCCAAAGUAUCCCAAGCUAGCUGCCAAGCACCGUGAAUCAAAUGCUGCAGGCAUAGAUAUCUUCUCCAAAUUCUCUGCGUUUAUCAAAAACACAAAGCAGCAGGACAAUGCGAGCCUGGAGAGAGGUUUAACAAAGGCUUUGAAGAAACUGGAUGACUAUCUGAGAAAUCCUUUACCUGAAGAGAUAGAUGCAAGUAGCACAGAGGUGGAGAAAGUGUCGAAACGCAAGUUCUUGGAUGGGGAUGAGCUGACUCUUGCCGACUGCAACCUUCUGCCCAAACUUCAUGUUGUCAAGAUUGUAACGAAGAAAUAUCGAAACUAUGAGUUUCCAGCAGAAAUGACGGGACUUUGGCGAUACCUGAAAAAUGCUUAUGCUCGGGAUGAAUUCAUCAACACUUGUGCUGCGGACAAAGAAAUUGAAAUAGCUUAUGCUGAUGUAGCCAAACGGCUCAGCAAAUUCUAAUCAAAAUCUAUUUCACUGGAUGGCUGGAAAUAAACUUAUCUGUUCCCUCGAGAAAAUGCAAGGUAGCAAUGCAGAAGAGGAAACAUUACUUCUGAAAUGUGUACUAAUUCGCUGGAACAAAUUUUAUCAUUUAUGACCAGUGUUUUGAAAUCACCAUGUUUGAUUAAAUAGCCUCCUGCUAACAGUACAUUCUAUAGCUAUAAAUUUCAAAGUUAAGUAGAACAUGAAUGUAAAGAAUUAUUUGGGUUUGGGGUAUUUCUACCUUUUUUCAUGGACCCUUGAUGUGUUCUAUUUAAAAAUACACCGUCAAUAGCAUUGGAGGGAAAAUAGGACUGACAGUGAGAAAGGGGACAUUGUCGUGCGGGGAGCAUAACUUUAGGGAAUGGGAAGCAUCAUUCGAAGCAUGUCCUGCCCUCCUAGAGCAAGGAGACAGUUCUGAGAGAAGUCUCCUGCUAGUGGGGAAGCCUGAGUGAAUGCUGGCGCAGGACGCAGAUUUGCUCAGCAGAGGCCCCAGCAGUGGGGAAAUAGUGAAUGCAAUAACUUUGUCUACAUAUAUGAUUCAAGGAUAUUUGGAGGAGCAAUAGUAAUACAAAAACAGCGUAGGUAAUAUUGAAAAGAAACUCGGAUAAUACUGAGAUGGAAUUUAGAUAUAUAUAUAUUGAACGGCUCUUCACAGCUAACUCACAAUCUAUAGUAUCCUUUCGAACAUCUCAGCAUGUUAAGAAAAGAAGAAGAAGCAUGCAACAGAAAUCUGAUUCCUCAUGUGAAUGGAUAAGAAAUGGAGUUCAUUGUCUAUUCCUAAGUCGUCAUUUGGUCUAGAAAUCCUGAAAACAGCAGUUUGUUUUUUUAAAAAGUUAUUCCCCACUGCCAACACUCGGUUGAAGUUUGGCAGGUAUAUAACUGCUUCCGAGAGUUGGUGGGUUUCUUUGUGCUGACAGAGGGUAACAUCCAAUUGUAACUUCCCCCUGGGCAGCAGAUUCCCCUACAUUCUCUCCUACAGCUCCUUGCGUGCUCGUAAAAACUAUUGUGGGGGUUGAAGGACCCUCCAGAGCAGAUUGGGGGGGGGGAAUGGGGGUGAAGGGGUGAGAAGCAGGAUUCAGAGGAAGGGAAAUUCUGCUGUGUCUGUUGGCAUGAAGUUGGACUUCACCUAAACUGAUUUUAUGAAAUGGAUUAUUCUGUGCUCGAUCUAGCCUUUGUAUUAAGAGUUCUGCUUAAAGCCAAUGGAUAUUUUGUUCCAUAAAUUACUUUAAAGCAUU